AUGCUUCCAAAUAUUAACCAUCAGAAUGCUCCUAGUCAACCUCGUGACGUUCACGAUUACCCAGCUACUAUACGAAACUCCGGUCAAUCACCCAUUAUUAAUGGCCAUCCAGCUAACCCAUCUCAUGGUGACCAAUAUCCUGCUCAAGCGUUUCCAAAUAUCAACCAUCACAAUACUCCUAGUCAACCUCGUGAC